GAACGUUACUGUUAUACCAUAACUUAUGCUUGAAAUAACGGUAUUGUGCUACAGCAGGGAGGUAUUGUCUUUUUUCUAACAACGUAGCUUAACUAGCGCACUUUGAGUAUUUUUUAUUAUCAAAAGAACAAGCAACUCCCUAGGCACGUGAUUUGGUCGAUAAACCAGGCAUAAACUGACAUUUGAACUGAGAUUAUCAUAUCUCUCUGUGAUAAGAGAGGAGCAUACCACCGCCGGGGCUGCGCCUUUGCGGUACAACACUGGACAACAAAACUCAAAAUCUGCAGGACACGCACCAGGACUUGUUUAAUAGCCUUACACUGACGGCAUUAUGGAGGAGGAAGAGGCCCCUGUAGAUGGCGAGGUGGAGACCCCCUUUGCUGCAGAGACCUAUGCUGCUGAGGCCAUGGCUGCAGACAUGGACCCCUGGAUUGUGUUUGACUCGAGAAGAACUCCCAGGUCCGAGUUUGACGGCUGGCUGGAGAGCAACAGGCCCUCACAAGUGUACAGAUUUGGUGACGAGGAAGGUGGUGCUAGCCCAGUUGGGUGGAUCGCUGUGCGAGGCACCAACUACUGCCCCAGCCGUGGGGAUGUUACGGGUCUCCAGGAGAGCUGGGAGAAACUUUUGGCCAGUGGCCGGCCUGUCAGCUUCCAGACAGUGAAGGAGCUGGCCCUGAACCACAGCGUGCUCACGGGCAAGUGGCUGAUGCACUUGGACUCUGGUUUCAAGGUGGACCGUGCCUGGGAGUGUGUGGCCAGAGCAGCCCUGGAUGGCAAGAUCUCAACAGUUAAAGUCAGUCCUCAUAAUCCCAAAGCAGAGGGAAAGCAUGUAAUUUGUGCCUACAACCAGAACUUCACUGACGAGAGUGAGGUUUUAAGACUGGACUCCAUCAUCCGUGCCACAGGGGUCAAAUGCCCCCUUUUCUACAAGCCAGAUGUGUACACACACCUGGGAAUCUACCGAAACAACCGCUGGAAGCUUUGUCCAACAAUUUAUGAAAGCAAAUUUGACCUGGAGUGUGUACCCAGACGAUCCCACAUUGUCAACAAAGUCACCAACCUUGAAGUAACAUAAGCCUGUCAGAACAAGAGAAUAGUUUUGUAGGACAGGUAAAUGAAGAGACACUUUGUGAUGCCAUCCACUGGGUUGCGCAGUACAACUCACUUGACUUACAGUUUUGGACGUCAGUGGUUGAAUUUUCAUCAAGCCCUUCCUUGUGGCAAGAAAGCACAAAAUCGUAUUUCAGCCUUUAUUUCUCACGCUAAUGUUUUCCAAGUGACCUGAAUUAGUGUCACGUUUUUGUAUUGAAUAUAUUGUUUUCAGAAGUAAUGAGUAUUUGUGUUCUAGAGGUUCUGCUUGUAACACUUACCUGACAAGGCGGUUGUCUGAACAACAUUUAGAAGAAUACUUGCAUCCAAUGAAGAAUUUCUUUGGCUUUAUGUUUUUUAUACUGAUCCAUGAAAGUAUCCAGCCAAAUAAAGUCUACUUUUGAAGACA